GCAAACACGGAAGUGAUAUCUUGGAGCUUUUGUUUUCGAUUCAUGUGACCAAACUGCACAGGAGUCAGUGAUUUACCAGAUACGGAUAUGGGCGACCUUCCUGUCAACCCGCUGCUUUUGAUUGGUGUCGGGUCCAGCUUUGCCUUCUCUGGCCUUUUCUAUCAUUUAUACAAGGAAAAGAAAGAAGAGCUGAAAAAGCUAAAGGAAAUCCCCAAUUUCAAGCCUGAUCAACAUUUGGUCAAAGUACUGAAAGCAUCUCCCCACAAGCGACUUCAGUAUGUUGCUGUAGAAGGUCUGGUCCAGGCAGAUGGGGAGCCUCUGCCCAGCCAGUUUGUCCCACGAUGCUUUGGUGUGAUUCAGAAGAUAGCAGUGGAGGAGCACUGGAAAUACUGGAACUCCCUCAGCCGGACAUGGAAUUCUCGGACAAUGAACAGAAAAGAAACCAACAACGCGGUGCCUUUCAGUCUGGUCAGCCCUGGAGCCUACAUCACUGACUUGUAUGUGAAGGUUCAAAACCCGCUGGAGGCCUCUGGGUGCUGCCUGGAGAGGGUUUAUUUCAAAGUAAGACGUGCUGAGGACGGCUUGGUGAACAUGGUGGUGCAGGGCCUCAGCGGGGAGAAGCCUGUGGCGAUGGAGGAGAGCGAGGAGAUGCUGCGGGUGGGGAGCACCCUGACUGGUUUUGGUGAGGUGGUGCUGGAGGGGGGCCAGGUGAUGAGACUGCAGGCCCCGCAGGAUGGCCGCAAGUAUAUCCUGGUACCGACUGACUACAGGAGCUUCUUGGACAGGCACGAGAGAUCAGCAAGCAUGUGGAAGACGCUGACUGCCGUUACUGGCAUCACAGGGGCUUCUGUUCUAGCCAAGAUCAUUUACGGCUUGGUGGGGAAACAGGAUGACAGAUCAAAAUAGGCUUUAACGUGUAUACUGCAGGUGGAACUGCUUUUUUUCCCAAUACUGUCUCAGGCGUUUUAUCUCAGAGACCACAGCACCAUCCAGAUCCUAAGAUCUCCGUCACAUGUUUAUAUUUGUUUCAUUACUGACAGAUAUUUUCAUGUCAUGUUGCAAGGUGGCAUGAGGGGCAAACACAACACAGCGUUGGAUGAAACAUAUUAGAAAAAUAGGGUGCGCAUUUUAAUUUUUUUAGUUUAAUAUUAUGUUGAUGUGUUUUAUCCAGUGUUGUUUCGCCCCUCUGGGCCACCGUACCUAAUGGACCCCUUAAAAGAUUUGUAACCACUGUCAAAAUCUGUAUUAUCUUGUAGAAGUUCUUCAUACAUCCAAAUCCAACAGCUGAUGGUGUGAGCACAGGGCGAGUGUGGCAGCUGAGUCUGAUGAAGGCAAUAAUCAGAACGUCUUUAGCCCUGAAAGGGGAUGAAUGGAGCCUUGGUGCAAGAUAAAUUUCUCAACAGUGCACAGUAGCACGUCAAAGCCUGUCAGUUAUUGGGCCAUUGUUGUUAUUCUGUGACAAGUGAUGAAACAACUCAGAGGGGCAUGGAUGUAUUGCAGGAUAUUUAUCUUGUGCUUUAUCAAGGGCACUUAUUUUUGUAAUGAAAUCGUAUUUUUUUAUAAUUCAAGAUGAAAUCACUAAGUUUAAGGAGUUUAUGGUGUCAAAAAAAUCAGUUUUACUUUUAAUUGCAAGGUUUUAACUCUGAACCUGUAUGUUCCCAUUUCCGGUCAUAUCCAGACAGGAUGGAAGUAAAACCUAAUUUUAAAAUGAUUUCAACUGUAUCAAUCAGCAGAUAAUCUUCUACCUCUUAAAUCAUUGAUUUCACUGUAUUGUUUUCUGACCUGCAGUCAGUGUCGAGUCUGUAGGGAAAAGCGUAAUUAACACUGUUGUUCACAAUCUUUUUUAAAAGGUGACGGGUUUAGUCUUAGUAAAACCUCUCUUUAUAACCUUGUAGCAAGUUGUAUCUUGAGAGAGACAUUUUGUGUCAUUGACAAUAAAGUGAGACACAAUACUUCAACAUA